ACAAGGGCUCAGCAAACGCUAAUGUAGUUGGCCAAUGUACUUGAUUGUACCUGGGGUUUAAAAACCGAGCCAUCCCGUUCUGUAAUACCUACGAAUUCUUACCAACACAUAUCUCCUCCACCACCUCUCUGAGCUCCUCAGAGGCAAGACGGAUCUGACUUACUAGAGUUACGUCGCAGUUCACCGCUUGCCGAAGUUUGCAUGGCUCAUACCACAGUCCUUCCUCCUGACCACCGACCGGUUGUCAUUUCUGGGCCCUCAGGCGUCGGCAAAAGUACACUUUAUCAAAGACUUUUAGAUGAACACCCGGGCAUCUUAGCCACAACCGUAUCCCACACGACUCGUAAGCCGCGACCCGGCGAGGUUGAGGGUACGACUUAUUACUAUGUCUCACGGGACAAGUUUGAGUCUCUUAUCGCCCAAGAUACUUUCAUAGAGUAUACCGAGUUCGGCGGCAACUUAUAUGGCACCAGCAAACAGACCGUCAUCGACCAGACGGCAAAAGGUUCGGUUGUCUUGCUCGAUAUCGAGAUGGAAGGUGUCAAGCAAUUGAAGACAGAACAGUUGAGGGCGGACUCUCAGAUCAACCCGCGAUUUGUCUUCAUUAAACCACCAAAUCUCACCGUGCUCGAGGCGCGACUUAGGGGUCGGGGCACCGAGGACGAGUGCAGUAUCCGGAAGAGGCUGGCUCGGGCCAGAGCUGAGCUUGACUACGCUGAAACAGGUGUACACGACAAGAUUAUCGUCAACCACGAUCUCGAGGACGCCUUUAAAGAACUGGAGGACUUUGUAUUCAAUGUGCAUUCAUCCAGAGGCUAGUUAGAGAUUAACUGAAUUUUUUGAUGCCAUCCUUGGCCAUGGCUAAUAAUCCCUUGGCUUGUUCAGCUUGCCUAGUGUAAAUAUAUCAAGCUUGUCGACAUAUGGAUUAUUAGUUACAGUAGUUAAGUUUACUAGAAGAGCUAGCUAGAUAUUGUUCGGGCUAGCAUGACGACAUUAUACGAUCACACGUAU